GGGGCCGGGCCGCCAGCGCAGUCGCUGCAGCCGUAGCGGGAGGCGUCCGCUACGUACUAUCGUCCCCAUUUUUACAUGGGAGGAAACGGCUCAGAGAGAACUUAAGUCCUUUGACCGAGGUCCUGCGGUGGGACAACAUGAAGCUCAUCAUCCUGGACCACUAUUCUCAGGCCAGCGAGUGGGCGGCUAAAUACAUCAGGAACCGCAUCAUCCAGUUUAACCCAGGGCCAGAGAAGUACUUCACCCUGGGGCUCCCCACCGGGAGUACCCCACUUGGCUGCUACAAGAAGCUGAUUGAAUACUAUAAGAAUGGGGACUUGUCCUUUAAAUAUGUGAAGACCUUCAAUAUGGAUGAGUAUGUGGGCCUUCCUCGAGACCACCCGGAGAGUUACCACUCCUUCAUGUGGAACAACUUCUUCAAGCACAUUGACAUCCACCCAGAAAACACCCACAUUCUGGAUGGGAAUGCAGUCGACCUACAGGCAGAAUGUGAUGCCUUUGAAGAGAAGAUCAAGGCUGCAGGCGGGAUCGAGCUAUUUGUUGGAGGCAUCGGCCCUGAUGGACACAUCGCCUUCAACGAGCCAGGCUCCAGUCUGGUGUCCAGGACCCGUGUGAAGACGCUGGCCAUGGACACCAUCCUGGCCAAUGCCAGGUUCUUUGAUGGAGAACUCGCCAAGGUGCCCACCAUGGCCUUGACGGUGGGGGUGGGCACUGUCAUGGAUGCUAGAGAGGUGAUGAUCCUCAUCACAGGUGCUCACAAGGCAUUUGCUCUGUACAAGGCCAUCGAGGAGGGAGUGAACCAUAUGUGGACCGUGUCUGCCUUCCAGCAGCAUCCCCGCACUGUGUUUGUGUGUGACGAGGAUGCCACCUUGGAGCUGAAAGUGAAGACUGUCAAGUAUUUCAAAGGUUUAAUGCUUGUUCAUAACAAGUUGGUGGACCCCUUGUACAGUAUCAAAGAGAAAGAAACUGAGAAAAGCCAAUCUUCUAAGAAACCAUACAGUGAUUAGCCUGUGCUGGGACCGAGUGUCAGAUACCCAUAGGGAAAGGCAGGUCUUUCUGGAAAUUGUCUUUAGAAGAAAGAAUUCUAUUUCUUUAAUCUAGCAUGGUUACUCCAGAUAAGUGGGUGAACUUAUUGUUCUUGGCUAUGAGGCUGGGAGCCUAGUCAUGGAGUUUAGCUAUAGGGAGAAUGAUUUGUUUGUAACUUAAUCAGAAAAAAAAUCUCUGAAAAAUGUAUUCCAUCAUUUUGAUGUCUGCCAAACCCAGGUUGGGAGUUUUAAGCUUUUUCUUCUGCUUCAGUCACAUGUAUGACACACUCUUGUCAGGAAUUUCUCUCCUUACAUGCACUGAUUUUCAAGUGGGAGGGAAUUAGGGGCUUGUGUAUAUUGGACACAACCUCUUUGAAGAGCCUUGAGAGUCCCUCUUGCACAGGCCUGCCCCUUGGUUGAGAACCACUGUUCCAGGUUAAGGCACAAAACUCUCAAUAUCUAAAGUAAGUGCAAAGAAGAAGUCUCUCUGGCCCGCAACAAGUGCAAUGGAAAGAAAACGACCCCUUCCUUCCUUCCUCUAGUUGUUUUCCAGUUUCACAGCUCUUCUCUGAACUGGGAGUACUUGGGGGAGGAUUUGGGUAGGUGGGGCCAAAGAGGUGGCUUCUACUGAUAAACCCAGAGCUUCAAGGGGCCCGGCCACAUCAAACUUCGCUCCCCCAGGGACUCUUCAGCACCAAAAGGAGGAAGGUGGAAGCCCCUUUCCCCCAGAGCCCUGUUUUUGUGAAAGGCCUCACUGUGGCUCCUGUUUUAUAUGCUCAUUAGUAGGUAGGCGGUCCACUGGGGCAACAGACACUGCCACAAUUUCAGGGUUGUGUUCAGCCAAGGGGACUGUCUGGGCAGGCAGCUUAAGUGUGAGCUUAGUCACAACUCCUGAGUGUCCCACUCUCCUGCUUCCCUAGGAAGUGAGUGCUGGGAAAACACUCCAAAUGCUUCAGUUUUGUUUCCCCACUUACUUAAAAUAGUUCUGCUCAGAUUCACGUGGUGUGGUCUGAUCUUUUGCCCAUUUAUCCUUCUCCCCAGAUCCCAAGGUGGUCUGUUGCUCUGGCUUCCUUUCAUUCUCUUAGGCCUUCAUGGAGUGGAUGCUGCCUCCUCCUUGCUGUUUUUGUGCCUGCUUGAAGCUGCCGCUGCCUCUCUCUCUGGAAGAGACUUUUGAGAGCCUGGCUCAGGCCUAAGGGCUAUGUUUGGUACCCGUGUUUUGUCUUUAGCUUUUCUACGUGAUUGUGCUGUCAUUCUGUUUUAAGUUCAUGGAUCGAUGGAUUUGUUUACAAUGCGAUAUUUUCUAUUAAAUCCAGUAUUUUCAAAUAA